GUCUGCUUCCAGAGCUACCUUGGGCAACAAGAGGAUUUACAGGAGGAAUUACAUCUCUGCCAACCUUCCAUCAUGGCAGAAAAGGUUCCUAACUGGCACAGCUAUCUUAAGGUGAUUCAGUCCCGUGAAUAUCAGAGAGUGCAGCAUUUUCAAAAGGCAGAAAACAUUUUGUUUAUUGUACUGGAAAGAGUCAAGACAAUGGAUCCUAGAGUUAUAGUGGAUUAUUCAAGAAACUUAGAAGCCUUGGAAUUUUCCCUCUCCGCUGCAGAAGAUGAAGUUAGCAUGGAGGUUCCCUUAUGUGUCAAUGCUGAGGUUCUCCUGAUGCAACCAUGUACAGAUGAACAAAGUAAUUCUGAGAAUGUUACUCAUAGGAAUUGCCAGGUGCCAGGACCAUGCUGUUUAGGGAUAUCCAAGCAAGAAACCAACCUAGAAAACUGGACCAAAGAAGAUGUGUUCAGUGCUGUGGAUGACGCCGAUUCCAGGGGACAUAUUGUGCCAGGCAAAGUUCUUCAUCUCCUGAAAGAACUGAUAGUUGCUGCCAUUGUUCACUGCAAGCACCAGAACCUUAUUAAGCCAGGUGAACUUAGUGCUGAGAGGUUAAAUGAGGAUGGGAUGCAGCUGCCUUUGUUGGUGUCCAGUGACUGGAAAACGAUCUGCUUCAACAUUAUCCCAGUAAUGAGGAGAAAGCAGGAUGCUCUGAACAACUGGCAAGAAAGAGGUUUCCCAAAAGGCAGUCUGAGCAAAGUCACUCAAGAAGCUGUUUUCAUUCCUGCCAGUUACCAUCACUGGAGGUACUCCACCAAUCGUCCCAUCUCGAAACUUGUUCAAAUUGUAAGCACCCUAAAAGGAUAUCGCCUGGACAGUCUCUGCCUUCUUGACCAAAUCAACCAUGAAUAUUGGAGAGAGAAAGGGGAAGAAAAGGGGCUCACAUUUCAACAUUUGAAGAUGAUAUUGCUGUGGGCUACUCAUUUUUUUCCUUCCUCUGAAGACUGGCUGAGUCUGGAAGGAUCAGUUUAUCGUCUCCUGGUGAUCUUACUCUGCUGCUUGGUGACCAAAGAUCUUCCCCAUUUUUUAUAUCCAGAGCAAAAUCUGUUCAAGAAUGAUAGUCCGGACCUAACUGCUUUGUAUCCCAAAGUGGAAAGCUUUGCCAUAAGUCCUAAGUAUUUCCUAAAGUUUCAUUUUGCCCAAAGAGAAGGCAAGAAAUUCUGUCAGAAGGAUAAUGGUCUCAAAGCUUUACUUCAGCUCCCUGCUGAAAACAGAGACUACUGGGAUACUGCCUUUUUUGAUAUGCUGCUCAGCAAGUUUCAGGCGUAUCAGAUUAAAGACACACAACGGAUCUCUGCUAUGUCAAGCACCUUAUCAAAGAUUAAGAAAAUGGUCCAUAACGAGAGUUGAAAAUUCUUGUCUUUCCUGCCUGGAUGAAUUUUUGAACAUGCUUUAUAUUUAGCUUAUUUCUUGUGAUCAAGCUUCAAUUCUGAUAUUUUUGGAGUUUCUUGCUCAAUAAAAUAAAGCACAUAUAGCAUGUCACUCUUCAGUAUAUAAAAGUAGCACUUGUUGAAUUCAAUUUCAUUACUAAGAAUGAUGGUCCAAUUUGUAACUACUGUCUUUUAUACAGUAAGUAAAAUAUAAACAGUGGUCUUGAUAUACUGUUUAACAGAGGUUCACAAUCUGGUGCCUUUCAAAGUUUAGAAAGAAUCACCAGAGUUCUUCCAAAAGUUGCUACCAAAUAGUAAUUGUGAAUGUGACAGUAAUAAUAAUUACAUACAUGCAGAGUAAUCAUAUUAAUCUAAUUACUGUAACUUAAAAUUAAUAUCAUUUUUGUACAGGGCUCCCACAGUCUUCAUUCUGUUCUCCAUUCACCAUGACAGAAUGAGAUAGUAUACUCUUUAAAUAGUAUGCUACUAUAUUAGAAGAAAAUAUUAAGAUAUUCUGAAUCUCUUUAGGAAAUUCCAAUAUUCAGAAUUAAUACAGGAAAAAAACAAUCUAAAAAAGAAGCUAAGUAUUUUUAAUAGCUUUUUCAGAGCUGAAGAAUAUGUGGACAGCGCAGUAUGUUAUUGUUGUAGAUUUCUAAAGGCUGAAAGCCUGAUGAAAAACAUAGCAUAAGAACUUCUUGUCAUCUAUUGCUUUAGUAGGAAUUUCAGCAGUUCUUUGCUCACUGCCCCCCCCUACUGAUAAUGAUUGGUAGUACAUCUAUGAAUUAAAAACUGCACACAAUAUCUAAGGGGCUGCCACAAAGAAGAGGGAGUCAAUCUAUUCUCCAAAGCACCAGAAGGCAGGACAAGAAGCAAUGGAUGGAAACUAAUCAAGGGGAGAAGCAACCUAGAACUAAGGAGAAAUUCCCUGACAAUUAGAAGUUCAUCAGUGGAACAACGUGCCUCCAGAAGUUGUGCAUGCUGCAACACUGGACGUUUUAAAGAAGAGAUUGGACAACCAUUUGGCUGAAAUGGUAUAGGAUUUCCUGCCUGAGCGGGGGGUUGGACUAGAAGACCUCCCAGGUCCCAUCCAACUAUUCUGUUCUGUUCUGUUCUUACACUUGCAUACAUCUGUGAAAACCUGGAUGUUAAUCUAGAGCUAACCCCUUUUUCCCAUGCAGCCCUUGGAGCCAAAACAGCUGCCAUCUGCAUUGUAGAAUGUGAUCUUUUGUGAAGAACAUACACUUACAAAGCAAUGUUAGAUCCUAUAUAAUGUUAAUUACAGUCAUAUAAUGUAUCUGUAUUCUUUCUGCAUAGGAAGAAUUUAUGAAGUAAUAAAAUCAUAGCAUAUCUUUUUGUAUGAUUGUA